AUGUCAUCCACAAGCGAAGACCAAUCCGACUGGAAACUCUACCGCUACACACCCUCCAUCGCCGCAGCCGUAAUCUUCCUGGUCCUAUUUUCAAUAACGACGAUCUUCCACAUCUAUCAGAUCGUGAAAUCUAAAUCAUGGUAUUUUACCGCGUUCGUAGUUGGUGGUGUUUUCGAGAUAAUUGGUUACAUAUGUCGAAUCAUGGCACAUAGCGAUACGGAAUCGAUUCCGAUUUACAGUAUCCAAACGAUCCUUAUUCUCCUCGCGCCUGCGCUGUUCGCUGCGUCGAUAUAUAUGGUUCUUGGUCGACUGAUCGUAUCUCUGGGCGCGGAACACUUGUCUCCAAUUCGAAUUAAGUGGUUGACGAAGAUCUUUGUUAUUGGCGAUGUUGUUGCGUUUCUGGGUCAAGCUGCUGGUGGAGGAAUCAUGUCCAGUGGAUCAGCCAGCGCAUUACACACGGGAGAGGUUGUCACAGUCGCCGGUCUCGCCGUUCAACUCGUCUUCUUCAGCGUUUUCAUAAUCGUCUCCUUCGUAUUCCAUCGCCGCUUCAAGGCGUCUACGGAGGCUGCAGCAAUGAGAGUUCCAGCGAAAGAAAUGCUUCGUCAUCGAAACUGGGAAACAGUGCUCUACGUCUUGUACGCAGCCAGCGCUUUGAUCUUGAUCCGUUCGGUGUUCCGUCUGAUUGAGUUUGCGAUGGGCAAUGACGGAGUACUACUGUCGAAUGAGGUUUACGCAUACCUUUUCGAUGCGACUUUGAUGUUUGUUGCGAUGGCGAUUUUUAAUGUUUUUCAUCCAUCGGUUGUUCUCGGAGGAAAGGUGGUCAGAGGCUCAGCUAUAGGAUUGAACUCAAGGGCGAGUGAAGUUUAG